AUGGCAUCAAUCGACUCGUUACUGACUCUCACGCUUGAUCUGCCGCCGAGCUGUAUCGAGUUCUGGUCUCGCGACUCGCGGUAUGGUGUUGUUGGUACCUACAACCUCGAAAAAGAAGAUGGACAGGGACUGUCAGAUCCUGCACAGCAUGAGGGGCAGAAGAAGAGCCAGCAGCGUAACGGAAGUUUGAUCUUGAUUCGCGUUACAGGGGAUGUUGUCGAAAUUGUACAGACACUGGCAACGCCGUCUGCUAUUUUAGACGUACACUUCCUCCCACAGGAGGGUGCAGACUCGAUCUUUGGAGUAGCAACAUCGACUGGGUCGAUUGGAAUCUAUCAACUCGACCAAGAGUCUGCCGAUGAUGUGCCCGAGAUCCAGCUCCUCCAGACUAUUCAGUAUUUUCCGGAAAACGAGUUGAUUACCGCAUUUUCAUGGCACCCUGAACAAUCAGCAGUCGGCAUGACAUUAUCGACUGGCAAAGUUUGUCUCGGCAAGGUCGAUUUGGAGAAUCCCUCACAUAUGGACGUCGGCCGCCAUGAGCUCGAAGCGUGGACACUCGCAUUUCUCCCUGACGGAACUGGCAUUUACUCUGGUGGCGACGACAGCGCUCUGAAGUAUAUGGAACUGCCGCGCGACCACCCUGAUAGUAAGGAAGAAAUUGCUGGAGCAAACUAUGCUCCCUCGUGGAUCAUGUCGUGGUCAGACAAGAAGGCUCACAGCGCCGGUGUCACUGCGAUACUUCCUCUUCACUCUGACAGCGCAAGUAGCUGGAUUGUCACAGGCAGCUACGACGAUCACAUCCGUCUGAUCCAUGCGCCUACUGUUGGUCGCCGCCAGGUACACGCUGAGAUGGACCUGGGAGGCGGAGUGUGGCGCCUGAAGGUGCUGGACAAGAAGCUAGCCCCUCAAGCCGCAGCCAACUCUAGCGAAGCAACGCAACCCCCUGAAGAGGUGCUACUCUUGGUUAGCUGUAUGCACGCGGGCCCACGUAUCGUAAAGCUUGUCCGUACCGGCGAAGACUGGAGUUUUGAGGUUCUGGCUAGGUUUGAGGAGCAUAAGAGCAUGAAUUAUGGAAGCGACUCACAAACUGGGCUGAAUGCGAACGGUCAACGGACCUUCAUUUCAACGAGCUUUUAUGAUCGACUGCUAUGCCUGUGGAGGUUUUGA